AUGAGCCUUCGCCUGCCCUUCCGGGGAGGCAAAUUCGCUAUCAUCAUCAGUGUCUACGUUCCCCCGGCGACCAACUCUGACGCCUCAAGAGCCAUAUUCUACGAGGACCUGUGCGCCCUCCUGGUGACUGUGCCAAAGGCGGAUAUGGUGAUUGUUCUUGGUAACUUUGACGUUCGCGUCGGCACGGACUACGCUCUCUGGAGAGGAGUGCUGGUUCCCUAUGGUCUCGGCGGCUCAAACAACAGUGGUCUGCUCCUUUUCCGCACCUGCGUAGAACACCGCAUAAUGGAGUUCAGCAGCUGUCUCGGUGACUGACCAGCCCUAUUUAGGGCCAGCACCGUUUACCCCCGCGAGGGGGAAGGGGUUAGAAAAGAUGCCCUAUACAAGUGCUGGGGAACCACACCGUCUGCAGGCUGACUGUGGCCUCGGGCGCAAAACUCACGGUAAAAACGACCACAAUUAACAACAGUCUCUUCCCUUCCCUUCCUCCUCCCCUCCACUGUUCCACUUGUCAGACUGGCCGGGUGAGUCCGGACACUCUGGCAGCGUGGACUGUUCGUUCCCUUUAAGACAAUCAGAGGAGCAGCUGACCGGAACUGAGGACGGUGCUAGUAGCUCGGGAACUGGUGCGCUACAAGGUGGGCAUCGCUGCACUCAGUGGGACCCGGUUCUCCGAACAAGGCCAACUGAAAGAGGUGGGUGCCGACUACGCCUUCUUCUGGAGCGGUUGCCCCAGGGUAGAGCGACGAGACGCGGGUGUCGUCUUUGCCAUUUGCAACGACGUCGUGAGACGACUGCCCUGUCUGCCGCAGGGCAUCAACGAUCGCCUGAUGAGCCUACGCCUGUCUCUCCGGGUAGGCGAAUUCGCCACUAUAGUCAGCGUCUGCGCUCCGCCGAUGGCCAGCCAUAACGAUGCGAGCAACAAAUUGUACGAGGACCUGAAUGUUCUCCUGGCGUCUGUGCCAAAGGCUGAUAAGUUUAUCGGGUAAGAUCUGGUUUUGCAGCCCGACCUGAUGGAAACAGUACUUUUGGGGCUGGGGUUAAGGGUUAGCGUUACAGGUUAGAACUAAGGGUCAGUGUUAGGGCAACUGUUUCUCAACCACUCAAAUUUCAAUCGCGCAUUCCCAAUAGUUUUUCUUUUGCAAACAAGUACUUGAGCUCGUCGCCUGCGCGUUCCUCGGCCGCACCUGUAAAAACCUCCAUUACUACCGGUCUUGUAUGACAGGUGGCUGCGUUUGUUUGCUUUAGGCGGGGCUACAUAACCACAUCUGACCGUUUAUUGUCCAUGCUGACUUCAAAACCCACUUCGGCGCAGACCAAGCUGCCUGGUGAAGCGUUGGGCCUCCAUGGUCCUGACGGUUCCGACGACAUUGGUUUGCUCCUCCAACAAAACCUGUUCAGGACACCGGCUCAUUCUGACAAACAUCAACAUCCGCCUCCAGAUGUGAAAGAAGGCCAACUGGGUGCACCUUUGGCCGAUGGACUGUGCCCUCGUCCGGAGGCGAGACCAGCGAGGCAUUCUGGUGACAAAAGGGGGUCCGGGUGCUGACGGGUGGACCGACCAUCGCCUACUCAUCUCCGAGAUGUGAAUUAGCCUACAGCCUCGUAAGAGACGUCAAGGUAAGCGCCCUCCAGAUAAGCUGAUUAUUGCUUUGUUGUCUUUACCCGCUCACCAUCUUUCUCUGACGACUGCGCCCUAAGCACCACUGCGGAAGGGGACAUGCAAAAAAGAAAUAUGGAUCUCUUCGCUUCCGCCUGCGACAACCUCGGCCUGGUCAUUAACACAGAUAAGACGGUGAUCAUGCAUCAACUACCACCCGACGCUACCUACGUUGCGCCCCAGAACAACGUGAACGGCACACACCUGUCACUCGUGGACAACUUCAUCCACCUGGACAGCAUGCUCUUCUGUAACGACAAAGACGAAGAUGAAGUGGCUGGUCGGAUCUCCAAAGCCAGCUGA